AUGGCGCGAGCGGCGCUGGCGACGCUGGCGGUGGCGGCGGCGGUGACUUGGGCCGCGGCGGGGCCUGUCAACACGCGGGGGCCGCAGCAGGACGACGCGUGCCUGGCGUGCGUGUGCCGCGCCAACGGCCGCAGCGGCGAGUGCGUGACGGGCGGCAAGUGCACGCACGUGGACACCUUCGGGCCCUUCUGCAUCUCCUUGCCCUACUGGAUCGACGCCGGCAAGCCCGUGCUGCCCGGCGACGACAAGGACUUGCCCGGAGCUUUUCAGCGCUGUGUGGAGGAGCCAUUUUGCGCCGUGCAGACUGUUCGCGGUUACAUGAACACUGGUCCCGCCUUGCAGGACUGCGAUAACGACGGCGCUGUCACGUGCAGAGACCUGAUGCUGACCCACAUCUUCGGGCGCUACGCGUGCGUCGAUCGGCGGGACGCGCGGGUGGAGUCCCUGAUGCGAUGCCUAACGCAACUCCCACCACGCCCCCCACCCCACCACCGCCCCGCCCGCCCCGCGCGCGCCCGCGCGCCCGGCCGCCUGGGGACGCCGUGUCUGCCUUGACAGUCUGAGCCCGUCGUUCUCGGCGCAGGCGGCGGCGGCGGGGCUGGCCCCGACGCGGUGCACUUCCCGAGCGGCGGCGCCCUGCACGCUGGGGCAUGG